CUAGUGCAGUGCAGUAACGUGCAGCGGUGGUCGCUACAAUGGCCAGUAUCUCACUCAGUAUCUGGCUGGUGCUACUAGCGCUCAGUGUCGAUGUUGCCCUUUCGAACGUAAUCAAUGCCAUUCCCACCGUCGAACGCCAGCACGAUACGGAUCAUCCACGUUCGGACCGGCGUGCCUGGAACAGUGUACCAGUGUACGAUGAGGUCGAGGAAGCGUCGGAGUAUUGGCGAGACCGUGCCCAGCAGACUCUACGGGACCAUCUGGAGCAACCGCACAACGAGCGGAAGGCCAAGAAUGCCAUCUUCUUCAUCGGCGAUGGAAUGUCACUGCCGACGGUGGCCGCCACACGGAUGUACCUUGGCAACGAGAACCUGGCCCUGUCGUUCGAACAGUUCCCGUACUUUGGCCUAACGAAGACGUACUGCGUCAACCGGCAGGUGGCCGAUUCGGCCUGUACCGCUACGGCGUACCUAUCGGGGGCGAAGAUCAACUACGGCAUGAUCAACGUGGCGGCCAGUGUACCACGUGCGACCUGCGAGUACGAUCACGAGGCGACCGAGAUCCAGGGACUGCUCAAGUGGGCCCAGGAUGCGGGCAAAACGACGGGCAUAGUGACGACGACACGCAUUACCCAUGCGACACCGGCCGGUGCUUACGCCGCCAGUGCCGAGCGUGAUUGGGAGGAUGACAGUGAGGUGAUUGCCGAUUGCCCAAACACCCCAGCCGACCGGCGACCGGUGGACAUUGCAAGCCAGCUGGUGCACGGUGACGUUGGCCAGAAGCUGAAGGUUGCGCUCGGUUGCGGUCGUCGUCACUUCCUACCGACCGGUACGGUCGAUGAGGGUGGUAGCGCCGGUCGCCGUUCCGAUGGAGUUAAUCUGAUCGAAAAGUGGAAGGAACUCAGGGGUGCCAAAGGUCGGGCACGGUAUGUCUACGAUAAGGCGGGCCUACUGGAGGCGGCCGAGGCGAAGGAUCAGGACUAUCUGCUCGGCCUGUUCGGCAGUAGCCACUGUCUGUACAAUCUGGAAAUCGAUGAUCAGAAGGCGGAGGAUCGCGGACCGAAACUGUCGGAGAUGGUAGAGGCGGCACUGAAGGUGCUCGAGGAUGGUAACGAGCACGGUUACGUGCUGUUCGUCGAAGGUGGUCUCAUCGAUACGGCGCACCACUCGAACCGGCCACGCCUGUCGCUGGAAGAGACGGCCGAGUUCCAUCGGGCCAUCGAUCUAGCGCGCAAGCGGACCAACGUCAACGAUACGCUGAUCGUCGUCUCGUCCGAUCACAGCCAUACGCUGAUGUACAAUGGCUAUCCGACUCGUGGCAACGACAUUCUGGGUAUAGCGGACGCAAGUGACAUAGAUCAGUUGCCCUACACGACGCUUAGCUACGCCAAUGGCGAAGGUUACUACGACACGUACGAGAACGGUGAUCCAAACAAGCGUAUCGACAUCAGCAGUUACGAUCUCAAGAGCUACCGGCAGCGCUAUCUGGCCACAGUGCCGCUCACGUCCGAGACGCACGGCGGUGAGGAUGUCGGUGUGUAUGCGAGUGGCCCGGGUGGCCACCUGUUCAUCGGGAACACGGAACAGAACGUGAUACCGGUGCUGAUCGCCUAUGCCGCCAAUAUUGGGGAGAGCUUCGGCUGGAAGCCCGAAGCAAUCGAUGACGAUGGCUCGGCCACUCGGUUGCCACUUCCCACGGCAUUGCUUUCGACGCUCUGUCUUGGCCUACUGAUAGCAGCACACAUCCGAAGGUUACUUUUACCGAUUGGAAGCUCUCGCAGAAGCAGUUCUCGCACCCUCGCCAUCGGAACGCGCUUAGCAAUGGCGAUCUUUGGAAGGUACCAAGCAGCAUGUCUGCUGCUGCUGCUGCUGCUGCUCUCGGUCGUUGUCUGCGAGAUUGUGCACGUUCCUCACGGGGGUCGUACCCGAGAUCCUCACUCCCGACAGGAGAAACAAGCCGCUGCAGGCCACGCUAAACAGAUCGCCGACGAACCGCUAGGAUUUGACGAGCGUGAACGUGACAGUGAGUACUGGUUCGAGCAGGCACAAGACACACUGGCCAAGAAGCUCGCCGCCGAGCCCAACACAAACCACGCGAAGAAUGUGAUCUUCUUCAUCGGUGACGGUCUAUCGUCGCAGACGGUGGCCGCUACUCGCAUGUACCUUGGUAACGAGGCGAAUAGUCUGUCGUUCGAGCACUUCCCCGAUCUUGGCUCGGUCCGGACGUACUGCGUUGAUCGGCAGGUAUCGGACUCAUCGUGUACGGCUACGGCUUAUCUUUCGGGUGUGAAGAUCAACUACGGUAUGGUGAAUAUUGCGGCCUCUGUUCCACGGUACACCUGCCAGUACGAUCGUAAUGCGAGCGAUUUCGAGGGGUUACUCCGGUGGGCUCAGGAUGCCGGUAAGUCCACCGGUAUUAUUACGACCACGAAGAUAACGCACGCGACACCGGCCGGGGCGUACGCCAGCAGUGCUAACCGGUACUGGGAGAACGAUGUGGAGGUCGCUGACGCGGACUGUGAUCCGGCACUGGUGGAUGAUAUUGCCGAGCAGCUGGUUGGUAAGGAGAUGGGCCAACGGUUCAAUGUGGUGCUCGGUGGUGGGCGUGGAAAUCUCCUGCCAGUGGAAGUGACCGACGAGGAAGGUAAACCCGGUUAUCGGCGUGACGGUAAGAAUCUGAUCGAAGAGUGGAAACGGCAGCACGCGACGAUGGGAAAGGCGGAGUACGUGUGGAACCGGCAGCAGCUACAAGCGGUCGAUACUAGGAAUACCGACUAUCUGCUAGGGUUGUUUGAAUCCGGCCACAUGAAGUACAACCUGGAGCGUGUGGGUGAUGCCGAGCGGCACGAACCGACGCUGGAGGAGAUGACGGAAACGGCCAUUCGGUUGCUGGAGAAAAACAAAAACGGAUACGUGCUGUUCGUGGAGGGCGGUCUGAUUGACGUAGCGCACCACGAAACCUGGGCACGGCUAGCACUGGACGAGACGGCCGAAUACUCGAAAGCGAUCGGCACCGCGAGACGGAUGACCAGCGAGCAGGACACACUGAUCGUCGUUAGCUCCGAUCAUUCCCAUACCAUGACCUACAACGGUUACCCGAAACGUGGUAACGACAUUCUCGGUCUGGGAGAUAUCAGUGACGAGGACUUACUACCAUACACCACGCUGAGCUAUGCGAACGGUAUGUCCUACUACACGACCUACACCGAGGGCAACCGUGGUGUGCGCGAGGAUGUCUCCAAGUACGACUACAGCAAGAUGGACCAGCUGUACAUGGCGAUGGUACCGAUGGAUGCUGAAACGCACGGUGGUGACGAUGUACCCGUCUGGGCAUCCGGACCAUCGAGCCAUCUGUUCCGGGGUGUCUACGAACAGAACACUCUGCCCUACCUCAUCUCCUACAUUGCGCAAAUCGGCGAUUACUACGAUGACUCCAGUGCUGCCAGUACCCUGACCACACUGCCGCUGCUUGCCUUGAUCGUCAUUACCGUUGUCAUGGCAAUUACGCGACAGUAAUAGAUCGGCUUAUUCGGUUCGUCCUUCGGGGAGGGCCUAUUAUCUAUUCACCGUACCGCACCGCCACCGUGCUCGUGGGCGUAUAGCAGAUGGCGGCCGUCGUGGGUACGAUGAUUGAUUGCGGCUGGUGCGGCGAGACAUGUGUAACAGUUGGGGCCAUAUUAUGGCAAUCCUAAUUACGAUAUACGCUUCGAUUCACUUGAUAAGACCCACUUAUCGACCGCAACCAGUA